AUGCCAACUAUUUCGGUUGAUCUCUUUAUUUCAACUGCAUCAACCAAAACACGUUCAUUGGCCGAAACUCCAGGACGAACUCAAACGACAGCAAGUUCGAUCUAUACAACUGACGUGACAAGUUUCGGCCGAGUGCUGAAAGAUCAGUUAAAAACUAACAAAACUAACGAAGUUCCUGAUUACACUCUAGAUUACGGUUACGAGGGUGGAGACACAAGCACUGAAGAAGAAGGAGAGGGCAUUUCAAGUCCAUUGCAUGAAGAGAACUCUUCUGGAUUCAACGAGGGUGGCUGUGAACCGUUCGGUGAUGCUUUUGAAGCACUUGACCAAAUCUCUGAUAGGGAUGACUUUUCUGGUGCCCAACGAUGA